GGCACCACCACCACCAUCAUCAUCGUCCCUGCAUUCCGCGGUCGAUGCGACCUCGGCCCUCUCUGGCCAUGGUCAUCGCGACCAGCAGCAGCAGCAGCACCGUCACCGUCACCCGGACCGUCGCCAGGAGCCGGCAACCACCGCCACCGCCCCCGCUAUGCUCCUCACUGCCUGCUACGUCUACCUCUUCUUCAGGAUGCGACGUCUCGCUGCUGCUGCUGCCGCCGCUGCUGCUGCCUCCUCCUCCUCCUCGUCGUCCUCCUCCUCCUCGUUGUCGUCGUCGUCGUCGCCCGAGGCAGUCCUCGUCGCCCUGCGUCGCUCCGUGGCCAACUCGGCGAGCCUCUCCCUCUCGUCUCGGCCCGGCUCCCCGCCGGGAGCCCCGGCACGAGGCGACGGCGGCAGCGGCGGGCAGGGCCGCGUGUGCGAGCUCGUACAGCCCAAGGUGCGCGUCGAUGUGAGCGGGUGGAUUCGGACCGGCGCCCCGCGGGCCCCUGGCGCCGACCUCGUCACGUUCGUGGUCGAGGUUCGCUCCCCGUCGGCCGGCGCGGCCCCUGGCGGCGAGGCCCCGCAGGCCGGCGCGGCGGGGUUGUGGUCUCGGUGCUGCGUGCCGCUGGCGCUGAGGCUCGGCGAGCCGCGCCGCGUCCUCGCCGAGGCCACGGAGGAGGCCUUCGCGAGGCUGGGAGCGGCGUUCCUCACCGUCGGACUCCAGCUCGACUCGGGGGAGGAGGCCGACUCGCUCAUCUCCGUGGACUUAGAGGGCUUCCUCUGCGCUGAAGCGGGCCCUCCUAAAGUGCAACUCGAAAUCUCUGAAGAUGCUGUCGGGUGCCAAGUCUUGCACAGGCACUACCCAGCGUGUUCUGUUGGAACGAGACCAAAAGGCGACCCCGAGGUGACCUUUGAGCCUGAGGUCACCGCGACUCGACUGCCCAGAGCCCAGGGCGCGGCGGAGAUGGACGAGCCGCUCAGCGAUGCGAGAGGCGCCGGCUGCCACGUCGGCGAGCCGCGUGGGGUGGCGGCGACGGGGGGGGAGCACGAGGAUGCCCGGCCCCUGCACCUGUCGAGCUGUUGCGAGUGCCUCGGGCUGGAGAGCAGUACUAUCGAGUCCGUGCGCUCCGCCUCCAUGGAGGACCUCGUGGAGCUUCCGCGAGACUGCGACGGCGAUGACGACGACGACGACGACGACGACGAUCGCGACCGCGAGCGGACUGCCAACGCGGAGCCCGAGCUCCGGGACGCGCCCAGGGCGGACGACCGGGAAGGCCCGCGGGUCGGCCGGCAGAGCGGUUCGGAGGACGAGCGGCUGGACGGGCCGGGAACCGAGGCGCGGGGGGGGACGCGAGCGCGGGGUCACGGGUCGUCGAACAAGCCGCCCAACGUGCUGGUUUACACCGGGCAGGACGGACCCGACGCUGACCGCAGGUUCGGGCUCGUGUGCGCCGCCCUCCUCUCGGUGCUGCGCCCCGACCACUACACCGUCUACCGUCUCGAGGAGGCGCCGGCUCGGGCCCACCCGUGGCCCGAGCACACGCGGCUGCUGGUGCUGGCGUCGCCACGGCCGCUGCCCGAGGAGACGAGCGAGCGGUUCCUCGCGUACGCGGCUCGCGGCGGCGCCGUGCUGGCGCUCUGCUCGCGCGCUUCGUGCGGGGGCGUGGGCGUGCGGCGGGGAGGAGGACAGGAGGAGCAGGGCCCACGCGUGGCGCAGCCAAUCAGGUUCCAGAGGGGCGGCGACAAGCCCGAUGUCAUCCUUAGCGCACCCACCGACGGGGUCAUCGUGGGGGUCGGAGGUGACGGCGCGGAGGUCACGGCCGCCCUGGAGGAUGCUGGGUGCUUGGAGGUCUGGGCUCGAUUGGCCGGGUCUGGAGGGGAAGCCGUGAUCGUCUACCAAGCCUAUGGGGAGGAGGGCGGCGCCGUGGUUCUCUGCCAGGUCGACCUGACGGGCUCCUUGGCCGGAGUCGAGGGGGUCCUGGCGGCAGACGGCCAAGCGCGCUGCGAAGUUUUCACCGAGAUCCUGGGCCACCUGGGUUUGAACUGUGGCCCAGGUGACGCGCCCACCCUCACCCCGGCUAUACUGUGGGCCCUGGAGCCGCGCAUGAAGCGUUCCCUGCUGAGCGCCCUGGAGCCCCGGCUAAGCGAGUCCGGGGUGCUGGCGUCCCGCAGGGUCUCCCUCCGGUUCGUGCGCUCGCUCGCGGACGGCGCCGGCGCCACGCCGACCCUGCUUCCCGUCGUCACCGAGGCGGCGCCCGACCUCCUGACCCCGCACUUCGACCUGGAGGCGUACCGCGGGAUGCUGCGCACACGGCUGCUGGGGCGGCUGGUGCUGCACUGCGAGGUGGUGGGCUCCACCAUGGAGCUGCUUGAUGGUGUGACCCCUCACCUUCCAGACGAUGUCGGCCUCAUCGCCAUCGCCACCCGGCAGAUUCGGGGCAAAGGCCGGGGCGGGAACGCGUGGCUGAGCCCCGUCGGCUGCGCCAUGUUCACGCUGCCGCUGGUGGUGCGCUCCGACUCGUGCCUGGGGCAGCACCUGCCGUUCCUGCAGCACCUGGUGGCCCUGGCGGUGGUGGAGGGCGUGCGCUCGGCGCCGGGAUACGAGGACAUUGACUUGAGGGUCAAAUGGCCAAAUGACAUUUACUAUGGGUCGGAGUUCAAGGUGGGUGGAGUCCUGGUCAACUCCACCCUCAUUGGAGACACCUUCCAAGUGCUCAUUGGUUGCGGCGUGAACGUGAGUAACGAUCGCCCCACGUGGUGCGUGAACGCCGCCGUGGCGGAAUGGAACGGAGCCAGGAGAGCGGGAGAUGCGCCGCUGGCUCCGAUGAGCACCGCCGGAUCUAUCGCGAGCACCGUCACGCAGCUGGAGCGGCUCGUGGACUCGUUCCAGGCGGGCGGCCCGGCUGCCGUCCUGCCGCUCUACUACCAGCGCUGGCUGCACAGCGGGACCCAGGUGCGACUCCACAGCGACACCGGACCGGAGGCCACGGUGCUCGGACUCGACGACUUUGGCUUCCUGCGCGUCCUCUCCCAGGACGGCACCACGCUCACCCUGCAGCCCGACGGCAACUCGUUUGACAUGACGCGCAACCUCAUCGUGUGCAAGUAGUAGGGGGUCCCACACCGCCGCAGCCGGUGGAGUCUGAACGACGGGCUCGGUAGGAAAAGCGGCAUCCGGAGGGCAGCAUCGCCGAUUCAAAGGGGAGAGUUGCCAAACGAUCCGGAGAAAGUUGAUAGAACUAAAUGGACAAUAAAGCCAUUACCACACUACAAUUCACCAAGUUACUCCGUCUAGGACACGGAUACAGGAUUCAUACGGGUCCUGGAGUUGCUCCCACACCUUGGAGGAUUUCCCACGUCCCUCAUCCUACGUCCCACGUCCCAGAAAGUCACUCGAUUGGCCGCGAGUCAUUUGAACUAAAUUGUGUUGCCAGGGAAACCUCAAAAAACGUGUCUCUCCCUAGAUCUAGCAACAAAACUUGGCGAGUGGGCAAAUCUGGCUUUUGUCUUGUUUACACUGUUGACACAUGCUGGCCCCUGCUGUUUACACGGUCGCACACAUGCUGGAUGAGUGCCUCCUUGCCCCUGCUUGCCGCGGGUCGUCGUGGUUAUUUGUCCGUCCUGCACCGUGCAAUUGAUGAGAGAGUAGUGCAGUGCAACAGCAAUAUCAUUCAUUUAAUUACCCAGCAGAGCUUCACCUGGUCUUAACUGUACAGUAUUUAGGAGGGUGCUGCUGCUGCUGCUGCUGAUCCGUUGGGAUGUUUGGCCUUGAAUGCCGUUGGUAGCGAGAGCUUUGGCUUCGUGUGGGAGGAACGCCGGAGACAACUCACGCGCAUGAGGGCAUGGCAGAGCUAGGCACGGUUCGCUUCAACCCACGGGGUCCAAUUCACGGGCCCCUUCUUGACCCACUGCCGUUCGAGCCACAACGUUGGCCUCUCCGGCAGCCUGGGCUCCUGUAGCGCCCAAUACCCACGGCUGGCUUCCCAUACAGGUGGCGGGGAGAUGUUAUCUCGAACGCGUUGCGAGCCGAGGCUGAAAAAGCACGCGAGAUGGACACUCGAGCCCGGGAACUUGUCACACGGGGCGGCCACCGGACCGGAGGCGCCAUGGUGUUGAGAUGUUUUAACGACCUCGCCUGGUCCGUACCACGUCUUGGGUUCGAUUCUGACCCCCCGAUGCCUCCAUAUUUGGAGUGCUCACGAUCUCUCCCUGUCGGCGCGUGGGUUGUUCUCCGGGCCCCUCACUGUUUUGCCCUCCGCAUUGAAACACAGGGGUUUAGAUUAUUUGGCAGCUGAUAUAAAUGCCCACGUGCGAUGGCGAUUUCAGCCACUUCGACGAGCCAUUCGCGCGUAUUGGCCAGGUCGCCUCUGAAAAAUGGCCCAUCGCUCAGUGGGGCUUUGCUUGGUAAGAUAAAAGAGUUGCUCGCCAGACCCGAUUCUGAUCACCCCGUAGGUGCUGGCGCAUGUAGGGGUCAUUUGGUUGUACGUUGCAAUUUGGCCAGGGUUUGGCGAGCAGCGCUUACCACAAACAGUUCGUAUAGGCUUACAGGGUGGAAGGGGGGCUGGGGUGAUCUUUGGGGUUUGGUGUGAGGUUGACGAGUGGGUGGCGUGAGACCAAAAUUCCCUUGCCCGUGAUGCUGCGAGAGCGUGAGACGCAGUGGAAACAGCUUUUUGUUUUUUUUGUUUGUGUCUAAAGUUAGGACGGUUUAUUCCAGUUAACGCUGCUGUUGUGUUGUAAUCCAGCGCUUAAACCCGUGUACAAUAAAGCGAUUAUUUGACUUUG